GAAAACCAAGAGAAUAAGUCUUAAAUGGAAUCAGUUGUAAUAAAGACGUCGUUGUAGAAACUUGUGUUUGAAAGUAAAUUUUGCAGAAAGAAAGGAAACAAAAGCAAAAAAAUGAGGAUCAUACAGCUGUCUUUAGUAUUAGUUUCCCUACUCCUGGUGAGUUCCUUUGCCGAAGCUGGCAAACACAAGAAACGCAAGAGCCACUCCGAUUCAUUCCCCACCAAAACCAAGACCAAAACGAAAUGGUCAUCCUCCACGGAUUUGGGAGCUGACACAAACUCCAUGGUUGCCACCGAGGAACAUGGCUAUUAUGUCAAACGUACCUUCCUUCCGUUGGCUGGUCGAGCAAAUGCCACCAAAAUGAGUCCUCCAUUUUUGGCUGUUCCCAUUGCCUGGUUUCCCUGUGCCAAUGCCGAUUGCGUGAAACUCAAUAGCAUGGCCAUUAAUUCGAAUUCCAACUCCCUGGCUGAGGGCUUCCUUUGUGACGAUGAUUGCACGGGUCCCUAUGAACCAAUUUGUGGUAAAACUUCCUCUGAAGUUGCUGUGUUUUACAACAAAUGUAAGCUGAACGUAGCCAAAUGUAGAAGCCAUGGUUACUGGUCUGAUUUUUCGUAUGAAGAAUGUAAAACUCAAUAUCCCGAAGAAGUGAAAUAUGCUGAAUUGAAAUUCCGUGCCAAUCCCUAUUUCAAGGAGAAAGAAAUGAUGGAGAGUAAACCUUUGGUCGACUUGGAUGAAGAAAAACAACAGGAAGUGACAACAAUAAAUCCUUUGAUCCAGGACAAUGUUACCGAGCAAAAAGUUCUCAUUAAAGAAAUCCAUCAAGAGCAAGCUCAGGAAAAACAAAAAGAAUCCAAGGAUCGUUAUGAGGAAAUACCUAAACCUAAAAAGGAUUCUAUUGUUAUGAUCUUGUAAUUUUCUAGAAAUGGUGAAUGUGAUAUGAAUAAAGUAAAAUAAUUAAUAUUUAUUAAUUAAAUAUAAUAUUAAAAGAAUAUUUGUUCAUAUAUGUCUUUAAAAUUAA